UCCCUUUGCGCCUGCGCAGUGGGGCUCCGCGGUGACAGUUUGUGGCGCAGGAGCGUGUCUCCUCUGCUGAGGCGGAGCAGAGUAUGAUGGCUGCUGCGGAGGAAGCGUCGUCCCCGCCGCCCUCGUCGUCGUCGUCCCCGGCCGGGGAGUGGGAGGCGGCCUCGCGGGCUCUGCGGGCCCUCACCUGGCUCGGGCAGGAGUUCCUCUCGGACUGGGAGGCCCAGGACCUUCGCGCCGCCCUCUUCCAGCUGCUCCUGCUCUGGCUGGUGGUGAGCCUCCUAGGCAUCCAGGUGGCCUGGCGGGUCUACGGCAACACCGUCACCGGACUCUACUACCGGCAAGGCCCUGGAGGACAGAAUGGAGGCACACCAGAUGGGUCCUCCCACUUCUCUAUGUGGGAGAGCUCAACCAAUGAAACAAUGAAGACUCACCGUGAGUGAUGAUGGAGGAGACAAAAUCAGGCUCCUACUAGUCCGAGAGCAUAGAGGAUGCUGAUGCCUGCCUGCCUGCCUGCCCACCUGCCCAGAGGCCUAGCUCUUUUCAGUGCUGUGGAAGUUGUGGCCAUUGUUGCCCUUUCUCCCAUACUGUGGCCUGGCUGCUAGUCAGCACUGGUGCUAUGAGGGCUGCUUCUAUCCAUCCAGUUAUCAAACAGUGACUCUCAGGAUUGCUCUUACUCAGGUUGGGGAAGCUGCAGUUUCUCCUCUGCAUUCAAGAAGUCUGCAUUAUGUACUGCAAAUCCUCUUGUGAACUGGCCUUAAGCCUGCCUCUCUUCAGUCUCCCAUCCAUUCCUGGCAUGAGCCGCAUUUCUUUCUGCAGCAGUGCUCGAGUGCCCUUUGCCUUGAACCACCUUCAGUGAGGAAGGAAAGCAGAGCCCCACAGUAGAUGGGAAAUUAUUUCUAGCUUAGCUAAAAAUGUUAUUUGCUGACAUCUGUUAAGCACUCCACCCUGCUGCUGGAAAGGUGUAGAUGGUUAGCCCAGCUAAUUCAAGCUCUUGCUGGUUCUCUCCCCAGGUCCAUGUUUGUGCCAAUGACUAUCUUUGAGCUUACUUAUUUUCUAAGCCAGUUUUAUCUCCAAACCAUUGUUCAUGGUGCUCAUGCUAUGGAGGAGCAAGAUGAAGCUCUCUGCAGUUGUAUAGUGCCACAGGUGCUAAUGUGAUAUUGAGCCAUCUCUGUUUCUGCCAGGCACUGCCCCUGUGUCAUUUAUGUAAAGUAUGGACUAUAAAGAAGUGCUGGGAAAAGUAAA